AUGGGCCAAUUUGUGCGGGAAGUGAAGUACAAAGAGGUGGGGGCCAUCGGCAACAGGUCGGGUGUCAAGGCCGCCGACCUCUGUCCCGGUUGCAAGCCCAGAUUAGUUGAGGGUGUCAAGCUACUGCCGUCCAAGUUGAACAGCUUCCAUUUAUCGAGGUUCCCAUUCCGCAAACUGCUUGAGAGACUCAUCGGCCCUUGUGGCUCCACCGCCUGUCAGCCUAACAUUCCGAUCUUCAAAAGUCCGAAAUCGUUUCCCCCCAAACAUAAGGCUGCUGAUUCAAAUAAAAAAUUAAAACCUGCUAAUUGA